GGAGGGAAAGGUAGCGCUGGGGAAGUGUUGCGCAUGCGCUUGCGCCUGCGCGCCGCGGCCUCCCCCCUCCGCCUCGUCGCCGGCGCUCUCUUCUGUGAGGUAAAAAAAAAAAGGAGCGAGGCGGCAGGAAGAAGCGUCGCCUGAGGGAAACCGUUUUGUCUCCCGCGAGCGGAGGAGGGGCCCCAGGCCGGGGCCGCCAACAUGAACAGCGUCGGGGGCGCCGACGAGAUCGGGAAGCUGUUUGUGGGUGGCCUCGACUGGAGCACCACACAAGAAACGCUCCGCAGCUACUUCUCCCAGUAUGGGGAAGUGGUCGACUGUGUGAUAAUGAAAGACAAGACGACAAAUCAGUCACGAGGCUUUGGAUUUGUCAAGUUCAAAGAUCCCAACUGUGUCGGGACAGUCCUGGCCAGCAGGCCCCAUACAUUAGAUGGCCGAAAUAUUGACCCAAAGCCCUGCACCCCUCGAGGAAUGCAGCCAGAGAGAACACGACCAAAGGAGGGAUGGCAGAAAGGAUCCAGGAGCGAUAGCAAAUCCAAUAAGAUUUUUGUGGGUGGAAUCCCUCACAACUGUGGCGAGACAGAGCUCAGGGAAUACUUCAAGAAGUUUGGCGUGGUCACCGAAGUGGUCAUGAUCUAUGACGCAGAGAAGCAGCGGCCCCGAGGUUUUGGAUUUAUUACUUUCGAGGACGAACAAUCAGUGGACCAGGCUGUCAACAUGCAUUUUCACGACAUCAUGGGCAAAAAAGUGGAGGUGAAGCGGGCCGAGCCCCGGGAUAGCAAGAACCAGGCUCCUGGCCCCACCAGCACCAGCCAAUGGGGCAGCCGCAUCAUGCCCAGCGCGGCCAACGGCUGGGCCGGGCAGCCCCCUCCGACCUGGCAGCAAGGAUACGGACCUCAAGGUACCGGGGGUCCCCUCAGCUUCAGCCCCUGGGCAGGUAUGUGGGUCCCAGCUGGACAAGCACUAGGUGGAUACGGCCCCCCGCCUCCAGGCCGAGGCGCUCCGCCGCCACCACCCCCGUUUACCUCGUACAUCGUCUCAACACCUCCAGGAGGCUUCCCACCCCCACAGGGAUUCCCACAGGGAUAUGCCACUCCUCCACCCUUCAGCUUCGGCUAUGGUGCUCCACCUCCUCCGCCUGACCAGUUUGCCCCGCCUGGCGUCCCUCCUCCGCCGGCCACCCCUGGGGCUGCCCCCCUCGCCUUUCCACCACCGCCACCACCAUCUCAGCCAACUCAGGACAUGAGCAAGCCACCGACUGGCCAGCCAGAAUUCCCCUACAGUCAGUUUGGAUAUGGGCAAGACUUGAGCGGCUUCGGCCAGGCCUUCGCCGACCCCGGGCAGCAGCCUCCGCAGCAGCAGCAGGGGCAGCCGCAGCCCCCAUCCUAUGGAGGCCCAUCGGUCCCUCCAUCUGGUGGCCCUCCGGCCGGAGGCAGCGCUUUUGGCCGCGGCCCCAACCACAACGUCCAGGGCUUCCAUCCCUACCGGCGCUAAGUGGACCCUUUUUGGGUCGCAAUCAGGGGGGAGCGCUGCCCCGGAACCUCGGCUUGAAACCCACGAACUUGUGACAAUCACCUACAUUUUGGGGAGGGAGGGGGUGAGGGAAUGGAGGAGGAGGAGGAGGCUGCAAUUGGGAGUUGUUGUCCACUUCCCAAUCGCAUCCAAACCCCCUCUCUUUAAGGGGAUGAUUGGCUUCGAAACACCAAGGCGCGAUGCUUGGACUGCAGUUUGUUAUUUUAUAUAAAGACCCCUCCUCUCCUUCCUUCCCUCCCCCCUCCUUCCUCCAUCUUUCGAUCCAUCAGCACAAAUAAUAAAAGAGCAGUGUCACUGGUUCAAAACUACAGGGUUUUUUUGGAGGGGGGGAACAACAUUCAUCAGCUUUAAUUAACAACAACAAACCCUUCAGGUUCUUUUUUCUCUUAUUCCAUCCCUACCUUUCCCCCCCUCCCCUUGAGCCUUUUGUUUUACCAUUAUAUUGUAAACUUUUAUGUUGAAAGAAGAAGAAGAAUAUAUAUAUAUACCUUUACAGAUUGUGAGAUUUUUAAGAGCAAAUUUUCUACGACGUGUGCCGGGUUAUUUUUUUUAAUUUAAAAUAAUAAUAAAAACUAAAGAGAUAGAGAAAGAGAGAGAGAGGGAAGGGGGGGCUGAACAAAACAAACAGGGUUUCCAUUCAUACUGCUUCAGAAAGAGAGGGAAUGGUGGGAAUGAAGAGGGAAAGAAAGAAGGAGAAAAAGGCGAGGAAAAAAAGGAGGGGAAGAAUAAACUGCAUGUUGUUUUGUUACUGGUUUCGGAAAAGGUCCCCCCGCGGUCACUUCCAAAGCACAGUGUUUCAGGCUGGAGCUUUUUCAGUUCUUUGAAAAUAAAAUUUAAAUAUAUAUAUAUAUAUAUCUUUGAGGGGUUUUUUCUUUGGGGGGGGCAUUGCAAAGAUCUUGAAGUCGUCCCUCAGGCAAAAAAAGACAGAAAAGAAGAAACACUUCCGUUUUCGGGGUGCGUUUUGCACUAGCCAGUGAUGACCCCCCCCCCCUUUGGUUUGAAUAAAGAAAAAGUAACUUUUGGAUUAGAAACACCAA